AUGCUGGCUCAGAAAUCCUGGAUAGAAAGAGCAUUUUAUAAAAGAGAAUGUGUUCACAUCAUACCCAGCACCAAAGACCCCCAUAGGUGUUGCUGCGGGCGUCUGAUUGGCCAGCAUGUGGGCCUCACUCCUAGCGUCUCCGUUCUUCAGAAUGAGAAAAAUCAAAGUCGCCUCUCCCGAAAUGACAUCCAGUCAGAGAAGUGGUCCAUCAGCAAGCACACUCAACUCAGCCCCACGGAUGCUUUUGGGACCAUUGAGUUCCAAGGAGGUGGCCAUUCCAACAAAGCCAUGUACGUGCGAGUAUCCUUCGAUACGAAACCUGAUCUCCUCCUACACCUGAUGACCAAGGAAUGGCAGCUGGAGCUUCCCAAGCUUCUCAUCUCUGUGCACGGGGGCCUGCAGAACUUUGAACUCCAGCCAAAACUCAAGCAAGUCUUUGGAAAAGGUCUCAUCAAAGCGGCCAUGACAACCGGCGCGUGGAUAUUCACUGGAGGGGUUAACACAGGUGUUAUUCGCCAUGUUGGGGAUGCCCUGAAGGACCAUGCAUCUAAGUCUCGAGGGAAGAUAUGUACCAUAGGCAUCGCCCCCUGGGGAAUAGUGGAAAACCAAGAGGACCUCAUUGGAAGAGAUGUUGUGCGGCCAUAUCAGACCAUGUCCAACCCCAUGAGCAAGCUCACUGUGCUCAACAGCAUGCAUUCUCACUUCAUUCUGGCCGACAAUGGCACCACUGGCAAAUACGGAGCCGAGGUGAAGCUAAGGAGACAACUGGAAAAGCAUAUUUCUCUCCAGAAGAUAAACACAAGAUGCCUGCCGUUUUUCUCUCUUGACUCCCGCUUGUUUUAUUCAUUUUGGGGUAGUUGCCAAUUAGACCCAAUUGGAAUCGGUCAAGGCGUUCCGGUGGUGGCACUCAUUGUGGAAGGAGGACCCAAUGUGAUCUCCAUUGUCUUGGAGUACCUUCGAGACACCCCUCCCGUGCCAGUUGUUGUCUGCGAUGGGAGUGGACGGGCAUCUGACAUCCUGGCCUUUGGGCAUAAAUAUUCAGAAGAAGGCGGACUUAUCAAUGAAUCUCUGAGGGACCAGCUGCUAGUGACCAUCCAGAAGACUUUCACCUACACUCGAACCCAAGCUCAGCAUCUGUUCAUCAUCCUCAUGGAGUGCAUGAAGAAGAAGGAAUUGAUUACGGUGUUUCGGAUGGGAUCAGAAGGACACCAGGACAUUGAUUUAGCUAUCCUGACAGCUUUGCUCAAAGGAGCCAAUGCCUCGGCCCCGGACCAGCUGAGCUUAGCUCUAGCCUGGAACAGAGUGGACAUCGCUCGCAGCCAGAUCUUUAUUUAUGGGCAGCAGUGGCCGGUGGGGUCUUUGGAGCAAGCCAUGUUGGAUGCCCUAGUUCUGGACAGAGUGGAUUUUGUGAAAUUACUCAUAGAGAAUGGAGUAAGCAUGCACCGUUUUCUCACCAUCUCCAGACUAGAGGAAUUGUACAAUACGAGACAUGGGCCCUCAAAUACAUUGUACCACUUGGUCAGGGAUGUCAAAAAGGGGAACCUGCCCCCAGACUAUAGAAUCAGCCUGAUUGACAUCGGCCUGGUGAUAGAGUACCUGAUGGGCGGGGCUUAUCGCUGCAACUACACGCGCAAGCGCUUCCGGACGCUCUACCACAAUCUCUUUGGCCCCAAGAGGCCCAAAGCCUUGAAACUACUGGGAAUGGAGGAUGAUGUUCCCUUGAGGCGAGGAAGAAAGACAACCAAGAAGCGAGAAGAAGAGGUUGACAUUGACUUGGAUGACCCUGAGAUCAACCACUUCCCUUUCCCUUUCCAUGAGCUGAUGGUGUGGGCCGUCCUGAUGAAGAGGCAGAAGAUGGCCUUGUUCUUCUGGCAGCAUGGCGAGGAGGCCAUGGCCAAGGCCCUGGUGGCCUGCAAGCUCUGCAAAGCCAUGGCUCACGAGGCAUCUGAGAAUGACAUGGUUGAUGACAUCUCCCAGGAACUGAACCACAACUCCAGGGACUUCGGCCAGCUGGCGGUGGAGCUCCUCGACCAGUCCUAUAAGCAGGACGAACAGCUGGCCAUGAAACUGCUGACGUAUGAGCUCAAGAACUGGAGCAACGCCACCUGCCUGCAGCUUGCUGUGGCUGCCAAGCACCGCGACUUCAUCGCACACACGUGCAGCCAGAUGCUGCUCACCGACAUGUGGAUGGGCCGGCUGCGCAUGCGCAAGAACUCGGGCCUCAAGGUAAUUCUGGGAAUUCUACUUCCUCCUUCAAUUCUCAGCUUGGAGUUCAAGAACAAAGACGACAUGCCGUAUAUGUCUCAGGCCCAGGAAAUCCACCUCCAAGAAAAGGAACCAGAAGAGCCAGAGAAGCCCACAAAGGAAAAAGAUGAGGAGGAUAUGGAACUGACAGCGAUGUUGGGACGAAACAAUGGGGAGUCUUCCAGAAAGAAGGAUGAAGAGGAAGUUCAGAGCAGACACCGGUUAAUCCCCCUGGGCAGAAAAAUCUAUGAAUUCUACAACGCACCCAUCGUGAAGUUCUGGUUCUACACUCUGGCGUACAUCGGAUACUUGAUGCUCUUCAACUAUAUCGUGUUAGUGAAGAUGGAGCGCUGGCCUUCCACGCAGGAAUGGAUCGUCAUUUCGUACAUAUUCACCCUGGGGAUAGAGAAGAUGAGAGAGAUCCUGAUGUCAGAGCCAGGGAAGUUGCUACAGAAAGUAAAGGUGUGGCUGCAGGAGUACUGGAAUGUCACAGACCUAAUAGCCAUCCUUUUGUUCUCUGUGGGAAUGAUCCUUCGUCUCCAAGACCAGCCCUUCAGGAGUGAUGGGAGGGUCAUCUAUUGUGUGAACAUCAUUUAUUGGUACAUCCGUCUACUAGACAUCUUCGGCGUGAACAAGUAUUUGGGCCCAUACGUAAUGAUGAUUGGAAAAAUGAUGAUAGACAUGAUGUACUUUGUCAUCAUUAUGCUGGUGGUACUGAUGAGUUUUGGGGUCGCCAGGCAAGCCAUUCUCUUUCCCAACGAAGAACCAUCAUGGAAAUUGGCCAAGAACAUCUUCUACAUGCCCUAUUGGAUGAUUUAUGGGGAAGUGUUUGCGGACCAGAUAGACCCUCCCUGUGGACAGAAUGAGACACGGGAGGAUGGCAAAAUAAUCCAGCUGCCUCCCUGCAAGACAGGAGCCUGGAUUGUACCGGCCAUCAUGGCCUGCUACCUGUUAGUGGCGAACAUCCUGCUGGUCAACCUGCUCAUCGCCGUCUUUAACAAUACAUUUUUUGAGGUGAAGUCAAUAUCCAACCAAGUGUGGAAGUUUCAGAGGUAUCAGCUCAUCAUGACCUUCCAUGAGAGGCCAGUUCUGCCCCCACCUCUGAUCAUCUUUAGCCACAUGACCAUGAUAUUCCAGCAUCUGUGUUGCCGAUGGAGAAAACAUGAGAGCGACCCAGAUGAGAGGGACUAUGGCUUGAAACUGUUCAUAACUGAUGAUGAGCUCAAGAAAGUACAUGAUUUCGAAGAGCAGUGCAUAGAGGAGUAUUUCAGAGAAAAGGAUGAUCGAUUCAACUCGUCCAAUGAUGAGAGGAUACGUGUGACUUCAGAAAGGGUGGAGAACAUGUCCAUGCGGCUGGAGGAAGUCAACGAGAGAGAGCACUGCAUGAAGGCCUCACUCCAGACCGUGGACAUCCGGCUGGCGCAGCUUGAGGACCUCAUUGGGCGCAUGGCCACGGCCCUGGAGCGCCUGACAGGUCUGGAGCGGGCUGAGUCCAACAAAAUCCGCUCCCGGACCUCGUCGGACUGUACGGAUGCCGCCUACAUCGUGCGCCAAAGCAGCUUCAACAGCCAGGAAGGAAAUACCUUCAAGCUCCAAGAGAGUAUCGACCCUGCAGGUGAGGAGACCAUGUCCCCAACUUCUCCAACCCUAAUGCCCCGUAUGCGAAGCCAUUCUUUCUAUUCAGUCAAUAUGAAAGACAAAGGUGGUAUAGAAAAGUUGGAAAGUCUUUUUAAAGAAAGGUCCCUGAGCCUCCACCGGGCUACUAGUUCCCACUCUGUAGCAAAAGAACCCAAAGCUCCUGCAGCCCCUGCAAACACCUUGGCCAUUGUUCCAGACUCCAGAAGACCAUCCUCGUGUAUAGACAUCUAUGUCUCUGCCAUGGAUGAACUCCACUGUGAUAUAGACCCUCUGGACAAUUCCAUGAACAUCCUCGGGCUAGGCGAGCCAAGCUUUUCGGCUACGGCACCUUCCACGGCUCCUUCAACCAGUGCCUAUGCAACCCUUGCACCCACAGACAGACCUUCGAGCCGGAGCAUUGAUUUUGAGGACAUCACCUCCAUGGACACUAGAUCUUUUUCUUCAGACUAUACCCACCUCCCAGAAUGCCAAAACCCCUGGGACACUGACCCUCCAAUGUACCAGAGCAUCGAGCGUUCCAAAAGUAGCCGCUACAUAGCCACCACACCCUUUCUUCUAGAAGAGGCCCCCAUGGUGAAAUCUCAUAGCUUUAUGUUUUCUCCUUCGAGGAGCUAUUAUGCCAACUUCGGGGUACCCAUGAAAACAGCGGAAUACACAAGUAUUACAGACUGUAUUGACACAAGAUGUGUCAAUGCCCCUCAAGCGAUUGCUGACAGGGCCACCUUCCCCGGAGGUCUUGGAGGCAAAGUAGAGGAUUCAUCUUGCUGCCAUCCUGAGCGAGAAGCAGAACUGAGCCACCCCAGCUCUGACAGUGAGGAGAACGAGGCCAGAGGCCGGAGAGCCACCAUCGCGAUACCUUCCCAGGAGGGUGAUAACUCAGACAGAACCGUGUCCAAUAACAUCACAGUUCCCAAGAUAGAGCGCGCCAACAGCUACUCAGCAGAGGAGCCAAGCGCGCCAUAUGCACACACCAGGAAGAGCUUCUCCAUCAGUGACAAACUCGACAGGCAGCGGAACACAGCAAGCCUGCGCAAUCCCUUCCAGAGGAGUAAGUCCUCCAAGCCAGAGGGACGAGGGGACAGCCUGUCCAUGAGGAGACUGUCCAGAACGUCCGCCUUCCACAGCUUUGAAAGCAAGCACAACUAAACCUUCCUAAUACGCAUUGCAGGAGGCUCAAGAAUCCAGCCCUAAAAUCCUCCCCGAACUCUACCUGUUCCCCUUCCUUGACACAUCCCUGCUUUAUUCUUAGCUGAGCAAAACAAGCAAUGCCUCGGGAGGUGUUAACUCAAAGGUGACUUCGGGGCCACCGAUCGAGAAAGCCUUUGGUCUGGCCCAGCGCCAAACACAGGGGCUUUAAGUCAUGCUCCCACUUGAUGGGCAGGGAGGGGACAGAGGGAGGAGCAGGGUUGAGAUGAAUGUGUGUCAGUAGUCACUUCUGAAAGCCAUGAGCUCUGGGAAUGAAGGGGCUUCAAGCAUUCUCCAUGCCAGGAGGCAUCUUUCCAAUUCUGACCAUGAUCAAGAGUUUUAGGAUACAGGGCUAAGUUGCAAACUAAGAUAAAAUAAAGUAGCCAGCAUACAAAUGAGAUAUUCUAAACUUCAAUUCUGUUUUCUUUUCACAUUGGCUCCAUCACUGGUGACUGAUGAAGAGCAUCCUUUUUAUUCAGUAUAAGCCGGCAGCAAGCAGUUCUACCUAACGUCCCAACUCCUUCUCAUGCCAACACUUCUGUAAUUGAUCAUUAUAAAGAAAACACAAGGUAACAGUCAUAGUUCGCCUGUCUCUUAUAUAUUCACUUCUGGUGCCACAACUGUUUAUCUUUUUUGAAGCAAAUAAAGGGAAAAGAAAUGCCUUUUUGUAUUGCAAUCAAAAUGAAAGAAGAAUUGAGGCUAAACACAAGUGUCAAGUGGUUUAUUAUAUGCAGUGGGCAUUCGAGUAUAGUCAAGCAAGCUCAGGAUGAAUGUAAUUAAAUAACUUUAUAUUUUUUAAUUUAUUUUGUACCUCACCCAUCGUCAAGGAAGCCACUCACUGAAUAUGUGAUAGUGAACUCAAAGGAAAACAAAAAUAGUGGGCAGAACUCACCUAAAAUUGCCAUAUGGUAUACUGUUGUAUUCUCGCCAUUAGUGUCAUGUGCCAUGCUGCUGUGUGGCUGUCAUCAUUUGCAUGACUCUGCCAUGUCUUCUGAACAUCUCCAAGAUGUACCUGGAAAUUCUUCACACUACUCAUCACAUGACCAUUUUGUAUAUGAAGACCUGAUCACACGUGGAUAUUUUCAUACCUAGAGUUUUGCCAUUUAAUCUGAGCUCAGCAUAAAUUUAAUUGGAGAUUUUCCAAGGGCUGGUAUCUUUUUUAUGGAAAUGUUCCAAAGUACUUUUUAAGGAAGUUUCAAAUCGUAAAUAACCUUAGAAUUGACUGCAAAUCUGGUAUCAACCCAAAGCCAUCAGUUGCAGGCAUACCAUGAAUAUUUUUCUUAUAUACAGAGCUAUAAAAAUGAUACAAUAGACUAAAAUGGAAAGCAAAUAAACCACAUAAAGACUUCUAUAGUAUAUGCUGCUUAUAUAUAUAUAUAUAUAUAUAUAUAUAUAUAUAU